AUGAUCAAGGAUGUGAGAGACAAUCACGGUAACACUGAAUCAGAAGGCAUGAUCAAACUUGUGGUUAGAAAUAUAUGCAAAUCCACGUUUGUCAAAUGCAAAUGCAUUGAGAAACAAGCUGAAAAAGGCAUACCUAAAAAUUUCCUGGCAACAGCAAUCCAAAAGCCACCAACAAAAUCUGUGAAUGACAGAACGUGGCAGUUCUUCGACGAAGUCUUAAUUGAGGUGUGGGAUCUAGGCUACACUACCUUAGCAGCUUUUCGCCCUAGUACAAAUGGGGAAGCUAAGAUUAACUCAAAUGUUACUGAUUCAUAG